UAUCAUAAGUUUUUAGCUGUGAUUUUUAUUUUUAUUUUUAUUUUGUACAGUUAUUUCUAGAGACAUUAAAAACACUAAAUAAAAAUCAUAGAAAAGUCCCUACACAUAUAGUAGGCAUCUGUAAUGGCCAAACUCUGCAUAGCCAGCCUUCAUAUAUGGUAAUAAAUUUAAAUGGAUUUGAUUCCCAAAUUUCAGAUUCUUGUUGCUUCUUAUAUAUAUAGUUAGAUUACAUGUAAACGAAAUAGAAUGCAUAGAAUACAAGGGAUGGGGAAGAAGACAGGAAUCAUACUAGUAUUGUUUACUCUUCAUCUACUCAUAUCCUUCGCCCUCUCUGAGUAUUACUCAGAAACUCGUCCAUUCUCACCAAAACAACAAGUCGUCACCAAUCUCCACUUCUUCUUUCAUGACACUCUCAGCGGACCAGACCCAUCAGCGGUCCUCAUCGCCAAACCCCAUCUCACCGGAGAGGACAGCUCUUCUCCCACACCCUUCGGCUCUCUUCUCGCCAUAGACGACCCUCUCACCCUCGGACCUGAUCCCAAGUCCGAGCAGAUCGGGAAUGCCAGAGGAAUGUACGUCUCUUCCGGAAAACAUUUCCCCACGUUGACCAUGUACGUCGACUUCGGCUUCACCUCCGGCCUGUUUAACGGCAGCUCCUUCACCGUGUUUUCUAGGAACACGAUAACGGAGAAGGAGAGGGAGCUUGCGGUUGUGGGUGGUCGAGGAAGGUUUAGGAUGGCUACAGGAGUUGCUCAACUUAAUACAUACUCGGUUAACUUAAUCAACGGUGAUGCCGUUGUCGAGUACAAUGUCACUCUCUAUCAUUAUUAACGAAUGAAAAUGCAUGUAAUACAAAUAAUUCGGUUCCAUAAAAAUGUUGGAUGCUUUCACUUUA